CAGCUACUGGAAUCCUUAAUCCUGUGGCGCCCUCUCGUGGCCCAUGUGAGAAACCCCAUCAUUCUGGCGAGGUUAGAGGUCAUUAAAUCGAAAACAUGGCGGCUCCCAGCAAAGCGACCGUGGUAUUGAAGGCUGUGAAGAAAAUAACCGUUCAGUUUUGUCCGUUCGAGUCCAAUGUCCGGUCCACACGGGAGUUUCUGACCUUAGUGGGUUCAGAGAAGGCCAGAGCUACCAACAUGAACUGUGAGGUGAUACCAGUGGUGAAACAUGACAAGUCUGAGCCCGUAGUGGAUAUCACUUAUGUAGACGGAGAGAAGCUGCUGAUGAAGGGAGCAAAUUUGACCAGCAGUGAGAUGCUGAGUGCUUUUCAAUCCCGCUGCGUCGCCAAGGACCCGCAGGCAAAAGUUGGAGAGAAGAAAUAAUCAUGAGCUUGGCAGAUGUGUAUUUAUCUGUGAAUAUUGUUGAACAUGUACAGUAAAACUAUUCCAUUUCAUA